AUGCCGACCAAUUAUCAUCUCCAACAAACCCUUCAGUCCUCACACGCUGCAGUCUUCUGCUUAGCCAUCACCGAAAAGGGAAACUUUCUGGCCAGUGGAGGAUCGUGGGGCGACACCACUGCAAUGAUUUGGAUAAGAAGAGAGGACGACUCUGAUGAAGUGCUCAUGUACGGAACACUGAAUGGCUACAUGGCAUGUUGGAAGCAGGCAAAGAAUACCACUGAUUUCAAAGAGCUAUAUGUUCUGAGGAUGGUGCAUCGAGUUGACGGGAACAUGCAGUUACAUGGCAUUUUCUUGGUGACCAUCAACAGCUUCGAUCCCAAAGCCAUCCAUUUUCAUGUGAAUGGCAACAGUAGGGAUGUCGUUGUAUUUGGCUGCCAUAAUGGGAAAAUCUAUUUCCUCAGAGGCGCUGAUGGGAAUAUCAUGGAGUCAAUUGAUACAGGCGGAAUGAUAUGCCCAAGAGGGAACACAGCUAUGGACUGUGAGAAGGAUGUCUUCUGCCUAGAUGACCCUGCGCAAGGCGUCGCGCUGUACCGGCUGUCAGAUGGAGUAAGGGUCAAAACCUUCCCUAUCGAGGCUACCAAGGUGCCGCGACCUCGACAGGUUGCAUUUGCCAAGAACUGCAGGGUGAUAGUAAGCGGCAGUGACCACAGCAUUGUAUACGUCUUCGAGAGGAGAGACUCGAAUGUGCACCAGUUGGACACAGGCAUGGAGGACCACAUUCAAACUGUCACGGCAGCAAACAUUGAUGGCAUUUCUACCGUCAUUGCCGCGCACUCGAGAGACAUCGGAAAGCCGAGUAGGAUCUUCAUCUGGAUGAACUCAGAAUGUCCAGGCAUCUGCUCUAACUUUGCACCCAAGGUCAAAACCCACCCAAUUUUCUGGGGAAUUCAGCACGUCCAGAAGCAGGUAGAAGGAGAGAAACGCAUAGACACUGUGCUACAGCAUCGAGGCGAUUGGGAUCUUGUGCCGGUGAUAGUGAAGGCAUGA